AUGUCUACUUUAUCAAUGAUCAGUAAACAACAGCAUAACUCUUCUGGCAGCGACCUGCAAAUCACAAUAUCCAACAACGAUGCUACUCCUCCUCCUCCUGAAAAAGAGAAAAAUGUGCAAUCGAUAUCUCUAUGUAGACGCUUCCUGCUGGGAAGACCAUCCUCUGACAUCGACCCAAGAGAUUGGCCACGGCCUAAAAGGUACACCAUCGUCUUAAUUGUUGCGCUAGCAGCCUUCAUUACACCCUGUGCAACAAACAUCUAUUUUCCAGCCAUCUUGGAAAUGCAAUCCUACUUUGGCACAAACGACACCACCAUAAAUGCAUCAAUAUCGGUCUUUAUUUUCUGCCUUGGCUUGUUUCCUUUGAUCUGGGCGACCUUUGCUGACAAAUUUGGAAAGCGGCCUAUAUACAUUAUUUCAUUCUUGAUCGCCAUUGUGGGUAUGGUUUGCUGCGCUGUAUCUGUCAAUGUGACCAUGUUCAUUAUCUUUCGAACCGUGAGUGCUGUGGGUGCAUCAUCUAUGCUUUCGUUGGGUGCUGGUACCAUUGGUGAUAUUACGAAUCCAAAUGAACGAGGAAGAGCCUUUUCUAUAUUUCAAAUGGGACCUUUAGCAGGACCUGCAUUAGGCACACUGUUUGGAGGUUACCUUAAUGAGUACCUUGGAUGGCAGAGUAUCUUUUGGUUUCUCGCCAUUUUGUGCUUUGUGGUAUGGAUCGCGAUUAUCGUUUUCCUUCCCGAAACUCGCUAUGUCAAAAAAGAGCUCUCCUCAUUCGACUCAAGUUCCGAGAAAACAAUGUCAGAACAACAAACAAAGAGCAACGACAACCAUUGGCGCCAUCGUUUCAUGAACCCAAUUGCUGCCUUAAAUUUCAUGCGAUAUCCAAACGUUUCCCUGGUGGUCCUGUUUCUCGGCAUACUCUUCUUUGGGUUUUACUUGUUGAACAGCAAUUUCACUCGCAUUUACAACAACCAAUAUGGAUUUGAUUCGGGUACAGUGGGCUUAUUUUACUUGCCCUUAGCAGGUGGAUUCAUUAUUGGGAGCCUUGUUGGUGGUCGUUACUCUGACAGGUUGUAUAUGCGUCGUGUUACAAUGUUGAAGGAAAUCAGCAAGUCGCCGUAUCCAGAGCUACGUAUUGGUGGGGUGGUGCUGUAUGGUGCCAUGGUAGGGUUGCUAUUAGCUUUCACGGCAUUCGGUUGGUGCGUAGAAAAGAACGUGCCUUAUGGCUUUGGCUUGUUAUGCACCGGUAUCCUUGGUCUUUGUCUUGGUCCACCCAACACCAUCAUCACAGCUUACCUUAUGGAUAGCUAUCGCAAUAAUGUAGCAUCCGUUAUGGCCUGCAAUAACCUUGUACGAUACAUCUUAUGUGGUAUUGGAACACUGAUGUCAUCCGAUAUGGCUUAUUCCAUGGGACCAGGUCCAUUGUAUACAUUUUGCGGUGCUUUGCUAUUUGCAUCUUCAUCCGCUUUCAUCACUGUGAAACUCAAAGGAGAGACAUGGCGGCAAAAGCAUCGUCAACAACAGGCUUUGAAGCAGCAGCAGCAACAAGUGGCAUCCUAG